AUUCGUUUUUAAUAUUAUAUAUAAAUAUGCGUGCAUCUCAUAUUUUAUUGCUCAUAGUUGCUAUCAAAGCAGCCAAGUUUUUAGAGGAACCCACUGUAUUAUUGGAGGAUGAAGAAAAACCAUACAUGUAAUUCACAGUCUUUGCCUAAUAAUCUCCAUUGUUUACAGAAGAAGAAUUAGCAAGAAACUCUGAACCUGCCAAAGAAUACCCAUCUGGAUUUAAUUAUGAAGAUGAGAAUUAAUCAUCUUUAAGUGGUGCUGAUCAAUCUUAAGUCUUUUUGGCAGCUUAAUAUGAAAAAGAUUUACCAGCCACUGGAGAUUGUGUUGUACUUUACUCUGCAUGCGAUUUCAAAGGCACAUCAGGAAAAGUAUGCAAAGCUGAGGAUGCUAUGAGUUUCUAAAUACCUGUAUUCUCUAUUUAUGUUCCUAUUGGGUAAUAUCAUUUUUAAUAAUUUAGAUAAUAAUUCACAACACUAGACUCUACUAAAAAUGAAUAAGUUGCUUUCUUAACAAGUGAAAAAUGUUUAACUGAGCCACUUGUUAUGGCUGAUACUUAAAAAGAUGUUUUCAUUGCUAAACCAUCAACUUCAUUAGCUGGAUCUGAUAAUGCAUCAAGUAUAUUCUUAUAACUUAUUCAUAAGCUGAUGAUAUAACUGGACCAUAACCAUAAUUGAUCUAAGAAACAUAAGAAUAAUUUGAUGCACCAUAAAUUGAAACAGAUUAAUAACCAAAUCUUGAUUAAGAAUAAUAAUAAUAAUAAGAAUAAGUUUAAUAAACUGAAUAGGUUCAAUAAGAAGAAUAAGUUUAAUAAGAAGAAUAAGUUUAAUAAACUGAAUAAGUUUAAUAAACUGAAUAAGUUCAAUAAGAAGAAUAAGUUUAAUAAGAAGAAUAAGUUUAAUAAACUGAAUAAGUAUAAGAAUAAGUUUAAGAAUAAUAAGUAGAAUAGUAAGUUGAAGUUGAAGCUUAAUCAUAAGAAUAAGAAUAAUAAUAAGUUUAAUAAUCUGAAACUCCUUAAAUUUAAUAAAGUGAAACCUAAAGUGAAGAAUAAUAACAAUAAGUAUCGGUAGAUGAAGUGCCUUAAACUGCUGAACCACUUGUUGGGUAAACUUAAUGAGACGUAUGAGAAAGAA